UUUCUUUAAUUUCUGCCUUGAAUAUGAUCCCUUAAAACUGGCAAUUUUUCAUUAGUUGUUAUUGGUCAUAAUCUGUUCGGAAAAUCCACCCUUAAUUUUUACAGGGUUCUUAUCGAUUGCCGCAGAUCGCAUUUCCGCAAUUUUUUAAAAUAUGGGACAGUGCUUCUCUAGGGAUAAGUCCGAUGGAGCCGAUUCGGAUGAAGUUGUUGAGUUUGUCGGUGGAAAUGUGCACCGUGUUACCUCCAAAGAGGAUUGGGAUCAGAAGUUGUCUGAAGCAAAGAGAGAUGGCAAGAUUGUUAUUGCAAACUUCAGCGCAACAUGGUGUGGCCCUUGUAGAAUGCUUGCACCAUUUUAUUGUGAACUCUCAGAGAAGCACUCUUCUCUGAUGUUCUUGUUGAUAGAUGUUGAUGAACUAACCGAUUUCAGCACUUCAUGGGAUGUUAAAGCCACUCCUACAUUUUUCUUUCUGAAAGAUGGGCAGCAAAUUGACAAGCUUGUUGGAGCAAACAAGCCAGAGUUGCAGAAGAAGAUUACUGCCAUUUUGGAUUCGAUGGGGAGUUAUCGGAAUUGACAUCGGUGAGGUUACCGGUUUCGGAGCAUCUGCAAUGAACAUAGCCUUUUGUUUGUGUUGUUGUGAGUUGAGAGCUUUGUUUGCAUUGAGAUGGAAAGUGUUGGUUGUUAAUAUAUAAUUGUAAUUCUUGGAAUGCCUUAUCUAUGCUUGCUUGUAUGCGAAGGUUACAAUUGAGA